AUGACGCAGCUUUCCGGUAACGGUUUGGUUUCCUACUACUUAGUAAAGGUCUUGAUUUCUAUUGGAAUUACUGAGGAGAAAAAGCAGUUGCAGAUUAACGGAUGUUUAAUGAUCUAUAACUUUGUUAUUUGUCUCACAUGUGCCUCCGUUGUUCGUUACUUUAAGAGAAGAACCAUGUUCAUUGCCUGUGUGGCUGGUAUGUUGAUGUCCUAUGUGAUUUGGACAAUUUUGUCUGCAAUCAACCAACAGAGAAAUUUUGAAGACAAGUCUUUGGCUAAUGGUGUGCUUACUAUGAUCUUCUUCUACUACUUGUUCUAUGAUAUUGGUUUGAACGGUUUACCAUACUUGUACAUUACCGAGAUCUUGCCUUAUUCCCAUAGAGCAAAGGGUCUUAACUUCAUGCUGUUUGUUGUUAUGACUGUGUUGAUCUUUAAUGGCUACGUCAACCCAAUUGCCAUGGAUGCAAUUGAAUGGAAGUACUAUAUUGUGUUCUGUUGUGUUCUCGCCGUCGAGCUUGUUAUUGUUUUUUUCACUUUCCCAGAGACGUCAGGUUACACUUUGGAGGAAGUGGCGCAAGUAUUUGGUGACGAGGCACCUGAACUCUCUCACAGACACCUUGGUACUGUCGACUUGAACAAAGCUUCUAUGGAGCAUGUUGAAGAAGUAUAA